CAUCAUUCUUAUAUUUUCAUUGUUGAUAAAAAAAGAACCUAUGGCAAGAGUGAUAAUUUUAAUGCUUCUGGCAACUGUAAUCAUGGCCAUUGCACCAUUAAGUGGUGGAGUUCCUGAUGAUCAAAGCCCCAAAGCAGUGGCGAAAUGGUUCGAAAGAGUUGCUCGCCAUAAUACACAACCAAAGUUGUCAAAACUACAUUUUUAUCUUCAUAACAAUUUCACAGGGAACAAAACCACCGUGGUGCAAGUUGCUCAGGCCAACAUUUCGGCUACGUCACCCACGAGAUUUGGUGAAGUACGAGUUCUGGAUAGCUUGUUAACAGUCACACAGGAUGUCAACUCGAAGGCGAUUGGUCGUGGUCAAGGACUAUUUACAUUCACCUCACGGGAGGAGCUGGAUUUUUCGACCACCUUAACUUUUAUCUUCACAAGUGGUAAGUACCGCGGAAGUACCAUUCAAUUGGUGGGGUGGAGUCCAUUCGAUAAGCAAUAUAGGGAGUUUCCACUAGUGGGAGGUACCAAUGAUCUCCGGCUCGCACAGGGUAUCGGCACUUUUCAGACUCUUGCAAGAGAUGCCGCAAAAGAAGUUAUUCAAGUCGAUUUCAUCUUUUUUCAUUAUUAAUUCUAAAAACUUGUUUCUAAAUUCUUAGUGUUUUAUUGUUGAAUAAGGCCCGUCUUUCAUCUCUCCUAUAGUGUUUUAGGGCCAUAUAUAUAUAUUAUAUAUAUAUAAUAUAU